AAGGCUACAUUUUAGUUUUGUCUUGUCUGUCACGCUUUGACGAUCUAAAAAAUGGAUGAAAGAUGUGCUAUAUGCACUACAGUUUUUAUUGAUAGGGCACAAAAAGUGCCUUGUUUUGUGUGUAAGACAUUGAUGCAUCGUCUUUGUAUUUCUGCAUUGACUCAAAUGGAAUAUUUUCGAAUACGAAAAGAAAAGGAAGUGUUUUUAUAUAAGUGCAGUGUUUGCAUAAGAAUGUCAGAUGCCCUUUCACCAAUCCUUGAUUCUGAGCAGAUUGUUGGAAAUGAGUCAUCAACUUUUGUCGAUCAGCCCCUUGCAUUUGACCUACCAGUAAUGUGUAAUGUAUUUCACAUCCAACUAUCUUAUCAUGCUUGAUUAUGUCAUGAUCGAAAAAAUGUUCUUAACAAAUCCUUGAUGAUGCACUUAGCUUAGAACCUUCCUUCAUUGCAAUAUCCUGCUUGACUAUUACAUAAAUAGCGCCUCA